GGCCACCUCAGCGGGAAUCGGAGACGCAAGCGGUUGUGUCUUAGGGAACUGAGGUAGAGGUGUGACUGCAGCCGCCGCGGAGGAAGUGAGGACUACGCCUCAGGCUGCCCGGGCCAGUGUGGGGUCCCUGUAGCUAGUGAAGAUGGUGUUACUUACGAUGAUUGCCCGAGUGGCAGACGGGCUCCCGCUGGCCGCCUCGAUGCAGGAGGACGAACAGUCUGGCCGGGACCUUCAACAGUAUCAGAGCCAGGCUAAGCAACUCUUUCGAAAGUUGAAUGAACAGUCCCCUACCAGGUGUACCUUGGAAGCAGGAGCCAUGACUUUUCACUACAUUAUUGAGCAGGGAGUGUGUUAUCUGGUUUUGUGUGAAGCUGCCUUUCCUAAGAAGUUGGCUUUUGCCUACCUAGAAGAUUUGCACUCAGAAUUUGAUGAACAGCAUGGGAAAAAGGUGCCCACUGUGUCUAGACCUUAUUCCUUUAUUGAGUUUGAUACCUUCAUUCAGAAAACCAAGAAGCUCUACAUUGACAGUCGUGCUCGGAGAAACCUAGGCUCCAUCAACACUGAAUUGCAAGAUGUACAGAGAAUCAUGGUGGCCAAUAUUGAAGAAGUGUUACAACGAGGUGAAGCACUCUCAGCAUUGGAUUCAAAGGCCAACAAUUUGUCCAGUCUGUCCAAGAAAUACCGCCAGGAUGCGAAGUACUUGAACAUGCGUUCCACUUAUGCCAAACUUGCAGCCGUAGCUGUAUUUUUCAUCAUGUUAAUAGUGUAUGUGCGAUUCUGGUGGCUGUGAAGUAGUGAAUCCAGUCAUUGGUAAGGGAGAACCUAGAACCUGGCAGGUGUAUGUUUUCAGGAAGCUGAGCUCACAGGAAUGUGUAUUAGAAUCCAAGUGGAACUUCUGCCUCUAAAGACCUUGCAAGAAAAGACAUCCUGAAAAUGAAAGAGUACGCCUCAUUUAUUGAAGCUUAACCCUUUGUGGAAAGUCUCUUGGGGGCAGAGGCUUUCUCUGGGUGCUAAGCCAUAUACAUUAGGGAACAGUAGAUUGUUUUGUUUUUCCCCUCCCAGUACAUUUUUAAAACAGCACUGUCUGGGCAUUCUCAUUCUCUAAUGGAGCCAUCAGUGAGAUUUAAGUAGCCAACCUGUGCUAGCAACAUUCUGAAAUUCCUUCAAAGAAGGCAACCCUUUGGGAAGUUCUUUUGACUUUAAUCAACAUUCCUUUUGUUGGUGACAUUUGUGAUUUUUCAGUAAUCUGAGUUUUUGAUGCCUUUCAAACAAGACUCCAAGUAUGUGAAGGUUAAUUACUGUGCUGCAUCAAUCCUGUCUGUUGGCCCCUAUAGGAGUUAACCUUUGUUGUUUUCCUUUUAUUAUAUUUUGCUUGUUGCACAAUUGCUGUAGGGUUAAAUGAAUUAUAUUAAGAUGCCGUGAAAUUAUAAAGCACUCCUUGAUUAAGAAGCUACAAUUUUUCUCUCAUUUACUCUUUAAACAAAAGACUUAAAUUAGUUUAGGUUAUUAUUAAUUUUAUUUCACUGCUUUUGGUUUAUAUUACUAUGACAGCAAGGGUAUAGCAUAGGAUGGCUAGAGGCCCCUGGCUUAAAGAGAAGAAAGGCCCAGCCUAGUACUACAGCUUUAUCUUGCCCUUUACUUAUAUUAUAGUUUUCCCUACUCUGUUUUUCUCCUGCUAACAUUUUUUAAAAUUCCCCUUUAUCCAUUAGUUUUAUGUACCAUAAACAUCCUCUCAGGAUAUUCUCACAUUUCAAAGUGGAAACUAUUCAGCUAUAUAGUUAAUUAAAUUUGAAAUCUCUGCAGAUGAACUAGUUAUACUGCUACUUUUAUCUAAGAAACUCUGAGAGCCCCUCAUUCCUGUUUCAGUUUAUGCAAAUUCUUUAAGAAUGUUCUAAAAAUAAAUAACUCAUUUACAAUGGCUUCUAUUAACCAAUAAAAGCACCUAUAUAUAUAUAUAUAUAUAUU